AUGAAAUGCAUGGCAACGUUAUCUCUCGCUUUCCUCCUCUUGUGCGCGUUGAAUCCCUCGCAUGGUCUUGUCGCCCGCUCUCCCCGCUCUCCGAUCUCCACGCCAGCCGCCGUAUCGACAAGCGACGCACCCGAUGCGCGUUCUUCCCUCCUCUCCAACUCGGCUCUCUCCUCCCACGACUUCGACUCCGCGUUGAAUUCGGAGAUUACACCUGAAGGCGCUAGAAUUAGCACCGGGACUCGUGCCGGAAUUUACGCUGACAAUGGCCGUAGACAAGCGACACCUAAUCAACAAUUCGUUGGCGCAGACGUCGCGGGCGCACGCCGCCGAUUGCUCGGAAGGGGGAGGGGCGGAGGGGGAGGGGGCCGAGAGGGCGGAGAUCGCCCUGCGGAGCUAACGAUCUUCACUGCGCCACGACCGUUCGAUGGACCGGCAGGCACGAUCCAACGGCUCGCGAUAAUCUCCUGGCUUUGCAUCGAACCCGCGCCUGUGAUCUACCUCCUGGGCAACCACCCGUCGUUUAAAGAAGCCGAAACGGACCCGCUUUUUGCGGGCCACGUGUUAGCGGAUCCUUACGUGGACGCCGAUCUAUACGGUCAGCCGCUCUUUAACUCCAUGCUCGCUCGAGCCAUGGCGGCUCCCACGCGCUUCGUCGCUAUUGUCCGCCCGUCGGCGCUCCUCUCGCCAAGCAUCUUUACCGCCGCACUUGCCGCUGAAGCGCGCUUUGGCAACUUCUUGCUGCUAGCGCCGGAGCGCGGGCGCCGGGGGGACGCGGAGGCAGUCUCUGCGGCGGCCGCGGCGGCGGUUGCGCAAGUGGGCGGAAGCGAGGCGGCGGAGCAGCGCAUGGACACGUCGAUAGCGGUGGAUGCUGCGAAGCUGGGGGAGGCUGCGCGGCGGAUGGGGGAUAUUAGUUCGCGGUCUAAAGUGGGGGUAUGGCUGUGGAAUAUCUCGCCCGCGCCGCUCUGUUCGUCCAACAAUACUCUUUCCGCCACCGCCGCUGAUGCGCGCGCGUGUUUUGUUCCGCCAUUCGCCUACGACCGCGGAUUCCACGACGUCUGGCUCGCGCGCGCAGCUCUCCGCGGGUCCUCUGCCGCCGCCUCUUCCGCCAGUGGGGGGGCAGAUGCGGGGAGCAGCGGAACGGCAGGGCGGCCAUUGCUGGCGGAUGCGGACGGCGGGGCGUUUGCGUGCAUAUCCGCGCGGGCUUUAAUCCCCAAAGAUGUACUUUCUAGCGCUUCCGCCGCCCCUGUCGAUUCCGCUCAGACGGGGGGCGCGGGGGGCGGGAGCGGACAGGGCGAUCAGGGGGAAGCGGGGUUUGAGGUUUUAGCGGAGGAGCUGCGCAAGUGGGGAAUUUCUGUGACUGUGCAGGCCCUGAUUCCUCCAAUAAAAUCCCCAGUACGGGAAGAGAAGAAAAUAGUUCGGCGAACGUGGAGAGGAACAGUGGUGGAGGAGGCAGUAGCGCAUCAGGAGAGUUUAGAGGAGGCUGGCGCGCUGCUGCCCGCGCUGAGAAUUUGGAGCUGCCCGUUUGGGCGCGGGCAGGGGGACUGCGAGGAGCAGCAGGAGGGGCGGAGGCGGAAUCCGCACAAACAGGUGGUUGUGAACUGGGAGCUAGUGCAGCAGUGGAAGCAGGGCGGAGAGGGCGCGGCAGGGGGAGCGGGAGGCGCGGGAGGCGCGGGUGGCGCUGGUGGUGGUGGUGGUGGUGGUGGUGAUGGUGGUGGUGGUGGUGGUGGUGGUGGUGCAGGAGUGUGUGAUUCCGCGUGGGUGGUCGUGCCGUGCGAUGGGCGGCAAUCUGACAGCAGUCGAGCAGCAGGCAGCAGCGGGUUCGGGGCGUCAGGGGGCCUCCUGCACGUGCACUCCUCCGGCUACCUCCCCCCAGACCACAACCCCGCCACCCACCAAAGCCUCAUCGACAGCACCCCUACCUUAGACAGCACCAGCACCACCAGCACCACCAGCACCACCAGCACCAGCAGCAGCAGCAGCAGCAGCACUUUUCCCACCAGCAGCGGGGCGGAGCUACAGCGCAGGGGUCUCGACGACCUCCUCCCUCUGACCGUCGACCAUCGCAACAUAGUCAUUCUCGUCGCCGCCACCGGCUCUUACUCUUCCAUGCUCAUGUCCUUCGUCUGCAAUCUCCGCCGCCUGCUCCUCCCGCUCCCCCUCAUCGCAGCCUUCGACGACCACAUGUUCCGCUUCGCCUCCCUCCACGGCCUCCCGGUCUUCCGCGCUGACACCGGCCCCGCCGGCCGCGACCCCUCCUGCGCCUACGGCACCAAGUGCUUCCAGCGCAUCACCAAAGUCAAGUCCAAGGCUGUCCUACAGGUCCUCAAACGCGGUAUCCACGUGCUGUGGUCUGAUGUAGACAUAGUCUGGUUCCGCGACCCGCUGCCAGAGCUCCUGGAAUUCGGCUCGGGGGUUCUCCCUGUACAGAGCGACGCAGGAUACGACAAGGAGCCUCCCAACGGGCAGGGGAUCACGUCCCCUCACGGGUUCAUCAACUCGGGAUUCUACUUCGCUCGUGCCGAGCCCAUGGUUAUCCAGGCCUUUGAAGCGAUUGUAGCCCACGCUGCAACGACUAAGACGUCUGAACAGCCGAGUUUCUACCACGUUCUGUGCGGGCCGAACGGGGAGAACACGGAGGGCGAGGACGAGUGCGUGUGGCCGGGGAACGGGCUGCGAGUUCACUUCAUGGACCGCUGGUUGCAUCCCAACGGGUUGUCCCACCGCGUGUGGUUCCGCAAGUGGCCGGCGUUAGAGUGCCGCAAGCACAAGUGCGCCACGCUGCACAACAACUGGGUGCGGGGGAAGGAGAACAAGCUCGCGCGGCUUCGCAAGGGCGGGCUGUGGUUCUAUGACCCGGACAACGACAUGUGUAGAUACAACUGGUAUUAUCAGACCGAGGGGAUGAGGCGCGAGGAAGGCACGUACCUUGGGGUGAAGGACUGA